UUCAGAACUUCCCAUGUAAUCUUGGAAAGCAAAACUUCCACUCUUUCUCUUUCUCUCUCUAAAAAAAACCCCACUUUCUCCAUCUAAAUUCGAGCAAAGCCUUCCAUGGCGGAUGUGCUCUGUAAAUGCAGCGGGAGAAGAAACUGCUACGCCGUCAACGAACUUCUAUUUGAAAUCAGAAAGAGUAGAAACGGCUUUAAAAAUCUUCGAAACGUUUCGACCAUUGUAUUUUCUCCUUAUAAGAAGAAAAUUUCCAAAUGGAGAUCUAUAAUGGGGAAAAAUAGUCGUGUUUUCAGUAUGGAUGCACGAGAGAAGUCAAGAUCAUUGAUUUUAAAGUCAUCAAAACAGAAGAGAGUGCCUGUCUUUGUGAUGAUGCCCCUUGAUUCCUUUGGCAUUGAUACUCUUGGGACCCCGAGAAUAAAAAAAAUCAAAGCCCUGUCUGUAUCCCUUAAAGCCCUGAAGCUGGCUGGUGUCCAUGGAAUUGCAGUUGAGGUUUGGUGGGGAAUUGUGGAACACACUUCUCCUCAUGCUUAUGACUGGUCUCUUUAUGAAGAGCUUUUUAAACUGAUAUCUGAAGCAGGUCUGAAGUUGCACAUUGCCUUGUGUUUCCAUUCAAAUGUUCACUUAUCGUCUCAACAUAAAGGCUCUGUGAGCCUUCCAUUUUGGAUUCAAAAGAUCGGAGCUAUCGACAGAGACAUUUACUACCGAGAUCAGCAUGGAAAUUUCUGUGACGAUUAUCUUUCACUUGGAGUGGAUGAGCUUCCUUUAUUUUGUGGCCGUACUGCCCUCCAAUGUUACGAAGACUUCAUCUUCAGUUUCCUAGACAAAUUUGACUUGUUAAUUGGUCAUGUAAUAGAAGAAAUAAGUGUCGGUCUUGGUCCUUCUGGCGAACUUAGGUAUCCUGCUCACGCAUAUGCUGGUGGUCGAUGGAGAUUUCCUGGAAUUGGUGAAUUCCAGUGCUAUGAUAAGUACAUGAUGGAGGAUCUGAGGAUAGCUGCUUGCCUAGAAGGAAGACCUCAGUGGGGAGGGAAGGGCCCCCAGGAUGCUGGUUGUUACAACAGUUCUCCAUCGGGAGUUCCUUUCUUUGAAGGCGGUCAAAGAAGUUUCCUUUCUGACUAUGGGCAUUUCUUCCUUGUAUGUACUUCUCCUGAAAGUGGUAAGCUGCUUCAUCAUGCAGAUGCUAUUCUUGGGAAAGCAGCAGAUAUGUUGAAGAAAUAUCAACAAGAUGAUAAAACAUCUGUUCUGCUAGUGGCAAAGAUUGGUGCAGUAUAUUGGUGGUACCAGACCUUAUCACAUGCCGCUGAACUUACAGCUGGCUAUUAUAACACUGCUCAGAGAGAUGGCUAUGAUCCCUUAGCUUUGGUGUUGUUUCGUCAUGGUGCAGCUCUACACAUAUCGUGCUUAGAGAUGAUGGACAGUGAGACACCACCAGGUAUUUCUUGCAGUCCAGAAGGAUUACUACAACAGCUUCAAGCAGUCUCAAAGAGAAGGACUAUAAGUUUGACAGGAAGGAACUAUAAUGAACGUUUUGACAAGGCUGGACUACAGCAAAUACAAGCCAAUUGUUACAAUCCAGAGGCAGAAUCUGUAAGAUCAUUCACUUACUUUAGAUUGAGCGGCAACAUUUUUAAGGCCGAAAAUUGGUGCAACUUUGUUCCCUUUGUCAGAAACAUGAAUGCAGAACAGUGAAAAUGCCAUUCAACCAUUUUGUUGUUAAAUAUUUGAAUAGAACAGCCUUCGCUGCCUCGUAAUUUUUGUCAGGCAGGGUAAUUUCUUGGCUGUUCAACGCACUGACUACAUCGACUUCUGUAUUCUUCAUUCUUUACAGAUGUAUAUAUCCCUCCUUCAAUGUCAGGGUAGUUACAAUUGUAGUUCUACAGGAAUUAUCAGUUGUUCUAGGGUAAUUUAAUUUUUUAACUUUUGCCCUUAGAAUGUAUAACAUCAUUAUGUAAUGAAACUGAUUGUUUACCACACUUAGCAUGUGAAUACUCAUUUGUUUUCUUCAAGUGACUUGUUAAGGAAAAGGUUUAUUUCCAGACAUCAGAUCA